AGUACACAGACCAAUAAUGUUGUUGUGGUUAGCUUACACAUGUGACCCAGUUUGGUAAGAAUGAAACAAGAUAUUCAAGCUAUUCUAUCACUUUCAAUAAUCAUCUACCAGGGUUACUACAGCACACACACUACUGGCCUGGCAAAAUUACGAAAAAACAAACAAACAAAGAAACAGAAGAUGGAUGUUGAUAAAAAGGUGACCUUCAUGAUGGAAGACUUUUACUUUCCUGCUGAUUACAAUGAAAACUACAGUGAGAUUUAUGAAGACGGCUGCUGUGGUGAAGGACUUGUGUGUGAUCAGGAGUCUAGCAUGCACUUUGAUUCCAUUUUCAUUCCGAUCCUUUAUUCUCUGGCGCUGGUAGUGGGGCUGGUAGGAAAUGGGCUGGUUCUGGUGGUAAUGUGGAAGAAAAGGGUGAGCUUGAACGUUACAGACAUCUUCAUCCUUCACCUGUGCUUAGCAGACACUCUGCUGCUGCUGACGCUGCCCUUCUGGGCUGUAGAGGCAGUGAAGGGGUGGAUCUUCGGCACAGCGCUCUGCAAACUGAAUGGAGCUCUGUUCAAGAUCAAUUUCUACUGUGGCAUUUUCAUGCUCUCCUGCAUCAGUCUUGACCGCUACCUGUCCAUUGUCCAUGCAGUGCAGAUGUUUUCUCGUAAAAAGCCCACGGUGAUUCACUGUUGCUGCCUGAUGGUCUGGCUCUUCUGCCUUCUGCUCUCCAUUCCUGACUGGAUAUUCCUUGAGGCCGUCAAGGACAGCAGAAGUCAGGAUAAAAUGGAAUGUGUUCCGCUUUACACCUCUGAUUCUAAUUCUUGGCAUCUGUACUCUCGUCUGCUCUACCAUAUUUUGGGUUUCGCUCUUCCAGCACUAAUGAUGCUGUUCUGUUACUCUUGCAUCCUCCUGCGGGUGAGACGUGGCUCUCAGGGCAUGCAGAAGAAGAGGGCCGUCCAUGUCAUCGUAGCCCUCGUACUGGCCUUCUUCAUCAGCUGGACGCCCUAUAACGUCACCCUCAUCUUUGACACCAUACAAAACAAUGAGAUUUUCAAUUCCAGUAACCAAACAUUCUGUCACAGCACCACAGCAUUGGAUUUAGCUCUUACAAUUACUUCCACAUUAGGCUACUUACACUGCUGUGUCACACCAGUGCUUUACGGUUUUGUGGGGGUGAAGUUCAUCUAACUGUCGGUCACUAUAACGAUAAAUGGUUUUAAUAAUUCUUUUAAUUCUAAAAAAAUGGGGAAGUCCAUACCACAAUGAAAAUGACAGAGGAACUUUAUAGUUGAAAUCACUUUCAGAAUGACUUUUUUCAGCUAAAGAAUGAUAAAAACAUUGACAACCAAUUAGAAUCCAACCAAUUUUUAAAGAGCUUGGGGGAUUAAACCAACAGAUGACAAAACUGCAGCACGCCACUUAAACAUAAUAUCGUCAAUUGGUGUGGAUGCUAAUAUUUAUCUUUAUUCUUAUCUUUAUAGUUAACGUUCUUGGUGUGAACAGGUCUUUAGUCUCAUGACUGUGCUGAUUAGCAUGCAUGAAUAUAGAGAAGUCUUUUAUCUUACAUUCAUAUAUUUCUAUUUGCACAUGUGGUAGUUACUUAAGGUAUUUUUUUGCAUUUCUCAACCAUACUUGAUUCCUUGCAACUCACACAUUUUAGAGAGAGAUAAAACAAGUGUCUAUUUUGAGAAAAUAGAUUACCCUUUAAAGGUGAUAGAGAGGAUCUUUUCGUCGACUGAGAAUCCAAAAACUGUUACUGAGUUUUUGAAAUGAGCGCAUGCGUAAGAACAGCCCCCCUCCUUCACAGCUCAUUUCAAAGGAAC